UAAAAAUAUGUUAUAAAAACAAUUUAUUUUGAGUUGAAAAGGUAAGCAGCUGAGAAACAAACAAAUCCUCUUUAAAAAGCGAAAAAAAGCAUUAGUGAAAAUGUGUUAUGCAUACAACAAAUAUGUGAAAAAUUUAUUGCCAAUUGUAACCCGAGCGGUCAUAUCAGUGUGAAAAAAUUUUGAUUGUAAAGAUAAGCAUUUCAAGAUGUCGUAAUUAAGUAGGAAAUGGAUGCAGCAUCAGAACUUUAUUAUUAAUCCGACAACAAUAAAUUUAACAAUAUUGUAAAAUAGGUUUGUAUUAUAAUCAACACAUCAAUUACAUCCAUAUAUCUCUGAAUACACGUCAGUGCACAAUAACAAAAACACACUACCAAUAACAGCAUAAAACCAUAAUAAUUGCUAUAAAAAAGAAACGAUAAAUACUAAAGAGAAAAAUGACCGAAAAAGAAAUGCAAGCACACGAUAUGGUGCGGCGGCGCAACUGGUCGCGUGCCGUUUCGCUCUACGACCAAAUAUUAGCUCAAAUUUCGGCAGCUGCCACCGCCAUCACAAUUGCCACCGCCAACAGUAAUAACAGCUCCGUGAAUAGCAAUAGCACAGCAUUGGCGCGUUCACAAAAAGAUCGGCAAAUCGCCUGCCUUUUGGGACGGUGCGAAUGCAUGCUGGAGCUGAGUCGUUACGAGCAGUGCCUUGCAGAUGCGCGCAAGGUGUUGGCAUUGCUCGCCGAUCAGUCGGCGGAUUGCUUGGCAAGUGUAUCACGUGCGCGCCGGUGGCUCGUACAUGCGCUCUGCAAGCUGAAAAAAUAUAAUGAAGCUGAGCAACUGCUGCGCGAGUGGAUUGGCGAAUUGAGUGGUCAGCAAAGUUUUUUAGACAUUUCCAAAACACUCGAACGCUACAAAUCCAUUAUUCAAAUGAUAAAUGGGCACAAGUCCACUCAGAAGAUCUCACAGUCUCGGCUUGAAGACGAAAUGUCCAUAUUGGACACGAAACUCGAUCAUUGGGCUACCAAUAAUCUGCCGUUGGACAAAUACAGUAAAUUGCUAAGUAACAAAGGACUGAAGAAAGCGCGCGAAGGUGGUGGCGAUCGCGGUGGGGGAGAUGGUCGUGGUAAUGGGGGUAAUAACUCAACUAAUAUCGUAGGUCCUGGUCAACAUAAUGGCUCCAUAGGUAGCGGUGGUGGCAGCAGUAGUAUAAGCAGUAGUAGCAGUAGUGGCAGUGGCAGUGGAAGUGGCAAUUCCACAACAAUACUGCAAAAAACAACCGAUCUAUUGGCUGCGAUAAAAGUAACAGGCGGCAAGCACGGCAUGCCCACUGCUGGUACAGCUGCUGAAGAUAAUGACAAUGCCACCUACUGUUCUUACUGUGCUAUUAGUUUUGAGACACGUAACGAGUUGCGGCAACAUUGCCAAACAGAACGCCAUCAAAAUGUCAUCAUGUCGUACGAAGGACGCGACUGGAAAUGGCGGCCACCACCCCGUGGCUUCACGCUGGAUUCAUAUAGUUUGUGCGAAGCGUACCAAGAAUCACAAACGUGCCAUUACGGCAAUCAAUGCGUUGAAGCGCACGGGCAGGAUGAGUUGAAUGAGUGGAAGGAGCGCUUCGAGUAUCGACGAAUGCGUCUGCAAAAGGCCAGCGAAAAGGAGCUCUAUGGCAAAUCAUACACAGAACAAAUAUUAGAUCGCUGGAUACAAGCUACAGCGCCUGAGCGCAUUAUGUGCGAGAAGGUUGAUGGUGUAGAGGUGCGUUGCGAACAAGAGCUAGUAACGAGCAUCAGUUCGAAGAGCUCCAAGCGUGAGUGGAUUUUCGUGUUGAAAUCAGCGCGUGUGCUGCGUGCCGUUGCAUUGCUGCAGGAUGCGCAUCGCAACCAUUUCGCCAUCACUGGCAUUAAAGUGGACGGCCAUGCGCCGAUUUUCGAUCUGAAAUCCAACCAAGAAUGGGUGUCUGCAACUCAUAAAGUGUCAUCAGGCGAAAAAGAUGUGACGAAGUUAGCUAUAGAGUUUACCGAUACAACGCUGUCCGGGCAUAUCGGCGUAGCAACAGAUGCACAAACGACAAUGCUGGAGCAUAGAGUGACUAUAGAAUUCCACACAGAUAUCUAUGGCACUUUCCGGCAAACGGUAUGUUUCGAUCUGGGCAACGAACCAUUACUUGUGCAACAACUUUGUGUCGAUGUUGUGCCCGUCGGCGACGCCGAAAGAAUCGAGGAGAUAAAGCGCGACAUCAUCAAUAGUUCGGUAACGCGUUGGGAUGUAUCCAAUACGAAUUUAGUAAAAUUCGAAACCACAAUUGGCACACACCUGAAGACUGAAGCCUAUCUCAAUGAUCUGAAGCAUGAAAAAGAAAUGCUGGAACGCUAUCCUUGCCCACGUGCGCAAACUUUCACGCUGACGCAAUCGACCAUUGUCGAGAAGCGUCUCACGCAGCAUAAUUACCGUUCGCGCAUACACGAACUGCUGUAUGUGGAGGAGAUUGCACGUUACGAGCAAAUCGCACGCUACAAUGUGCGCACCAAACUGACUGUGACAUCCACUUAUAUACUGACACCAGCGGGUAUGGCCACCACCACAGCCAAAUUCUCGCUGACGGGUGAACUAUUUGCCCUAAUGCGGCUUGGGAAAGACAUUUCGGAAGAUACAUCCGCCGGACGUUUAAUACUUUCGAAUUGCUCCAGUGUUUAUAUAAGUGCACCCGAGGAGAUGCACACACUGAAGGACAGAAAACGCAAUAUUUACGAGGCAACUAUCGAGGACAAAGGCAAAAACGUGAUUUAUCUAAAAUUGUCUGCCAAAUGUGUGGAGGGCAUGAGCUUAAAGGCCGAAACAGAAAUUGAAGUGGACAUACAAUUUCAGUUGAAUCGCUUGCCCUACUGCGAAUGGCACAAUGCCGUGGAUAAGAUAACCGAUUUCAAGAUCAUAUUUCCUGCCACCGAAAUCGAACCGAACAUACCGUGGACACCGAAAAAGCAGUGGUCCGAUGCAUGUGAACCGAAAUUAAAUGCGAAACAGCGCGAGGCAGUGAAUGCGAUCACUACAUCACUGGGAAUCAAGCUACCGCCCAUCCUGCUGAUAGGGCCCUUCGGCACGGGCAAAACAUACACGCUGGCGCAAGCGAUCAAGCAGCUAUUGACGCAGCCCGAAGCUAAGAUUUUAAUUUGUACGCACUCGAAUUCGGCGGCCGAUUUGUACAUCAAAGAGUAUCUUCAUCCGUGGAUCGAGCAAGGCUUAGAAGAAGCAACACCGUUGCGUGUAUACUACCACAAACGUUGGGUAGCCACUGUGAACAGCGUAGUGCAAAAGUACUGCAUAACAGAUGGCGCGGGAAAUUUUCGACGUCCGUCUGUCGAAGACAUCAAAAAACAUCGAAUCGUUGUAGUAACACUAAGUAUUUCCAUGGAGCUGGCCAAUCUGGGCUUGCCCAAAGGUUAUUUCACUCACAUCUUUCUCGACGAAGCCGCGCAGGCCAUGGAAUGCGAGGCUAUAAUGCCUUUGGCUCUUGCCAACGACAGCACACGUAUCGUUUUGGCCGGUGAUCACAUGCAAAUGAGUCCCGAAUUGUUCUCCGCCUUUGCAAAGGAACGAAAACUGCACAUCUCACUACUCGAACGGCUCUACGAUCAUUACCCAUCAAAUUUUCCAUGUAAAAUUUUGCUUUGUGAAAAUUAUCGCGCUCAUGAGGCAAUCAUUAAAUUUACAUCCGAACUGUUUUAUGAGCAAAAAUUGAUUGCUUCCGGUAAGCAGCCGCGUCACGAACGCUUUUAUCCGCUUACGUUUUUUACAACGCGUGGUGAAGAUGUACAGGAUAAGAAUUCAACAGCAUUUUAUAACAACGCAGAAGUCUAUGAGGUGGUGGAGCGAGUAUCCGAGCUGCGGCGUAAAUGGCCCAUUGCUUGGGGUAAAGUGAACGAUGCCAGCAUCGGUAUAAUGACGCCCUACGCCGAUCAGGUGUUUCGGAUACGUUCGGAACUGCGUAAGCGUCGCAUGGGCGGCAUAUCAGUGGAGCGUGUACUCAACGUGCAGGGCAAACAAUUUCGUGCUGUCUUCCUUUCCACCGUACGCACACGCGCCACAUGCUUGCCGCAAAUGAUGAACGCCCUUGUCGGGCCUGGCGGUAUGCAUCCCGCCAUGGGCGGUCAUAUGGGCGCACUUGGUAGCGUGCCAGCAGAAGAUACCGACUUUGGUUUCUUGAGCAAUUCUAAGCUGCUAAAUACGGCGAUUACACGCGCACAAAGUUUGGUCGCUGUUGUUGGCGAUCCAGUGGCGCUCUGUUCGAUAGGUCGUUGUCGCAAAGUGUGGGAGCGUUUUAUCGAAAUAUGUGACGAGAACAAAUCAUUAUUUGGCAUUACGUGGUCAUACCUGCGUUCACAAUUGGACGGUGUAGAGCUAAAGCGCGGCUAUGUGCUGAAUCCUCUGGCGCCCGAAUUUAUACCGCGCGCAAUGCAACCGGAAGCGUAUUUGCGUGAUCAAACGGCUAUGUACUUGAUGGGCGCGGCUGGCGUUAAUGCAAACAAUCACCACGGCGGGCCGCAUCCCGGAGCGGGACCACAUCAUCCAGGCGGUCCGUUGCCGCCACACGCUGCCGGUAUGUUGGCCGCAGCAGCAGCCGCUGGUGGUGGUGGCGGUCCAGGCGGUGCACAAAUGCAGCCGCAUCAUGCCGCCAUGGCCGCCGCUGCCAACCACCAACAACAAAUGCAAAUGCAGAUGUACGCACAGCAUCCAGCUGCUGCAGCAGCCUACAAUGCAGCCGCCGCAGCGGCAGUCAUGAUGAAUCAGAGCAUGGGCGCUGGCAAGGGUGGUGCUGGUGGACAUCACUUCCCUGGUCCAACUCACGGCCCCAACCACAUGAAUAUGCGCACGUUAGGACCACAUCCACCGGGUGGACAACAACAGCCAGGGCCGCCACCGCCGGGACCGUUGGGGCAGCAGUAUAACAUGCGGGGGCCACCGCCGCCACCAUCCGCCGUACAUUUGCCACAACCGCCUCCACCUGGUACUGCUGGUGCGCCACCAUCUCAAUUCGCCGCACAAUAUAUGCCGUGGCAACAAGCACAACAACAAUUACGUGGUGGUCCACCAGGGGGCGGUGGCGCAGGCGGCAACUACCCACCGCCGGGCGCACAACCACAAGGACCACCGCAAUCACAGAACCCCAACGCAAGCCUUUGGGGGCCGCCGCCACAAUCGAAUCCUUGGAGCGCAUUACCUAACAAGCAAUCGCAGAUGCCGCCUCAACCACCACCAAACAAUGUGGGUGCCGGUGGAGGAGUACGUCCAUUGGGUCCACCACUUCCAAACACGCAGCAACAGCAACAAGCGGGUGCGGGCAUGCGUGGUGGAAGUGUACCGCUACAGCCACCACCGCCUAAUGCACAACAGCUACGCGCCAACUCGAAUGACAUGGGCUAUUUGGCGAAAAAGGGCUAUGGACCACAUGCCGCUCCUGGUGGCCCACAACAGCAGGCGCCUCCACCACACGGCACUUUUGGGGCGUAUGUUGGUGGCAACGCGCCGCCUCCACCACCAAGCCAAUUACAAUUGUUGAAUCAACGCAAUUUGGGCGGCGGCAUGCCGAAUGGACCCAUAAGUCCACUCGAUCCAUAUAUGCAGCGAGGGCAAGGCGGCAAUGCUCAGGCUGGAGGGCCGCAGUCAGCGACAAACUUCUUUGGCGGUGUGAAUAACAUCUCGGCGCUGAGUAAGGAUAACAAGGACUUUCAGUUUCUCAACAAUGUGCAUAUGCCUCAACUGAAUUUAGGCGGCAGCGGAGCAGGAGGUGGCAGUGGUGGUGCUAAUAAUCUCUUCCAACCACCCGGAGCGUUGCAACCCCCAGCACCAGGAAACAACAAACAGCAGUCGCCAUCAGCGCCCCGUUUCCCGCAGCCGCAAGAGUAUGCGGCGCUACUGCCACCCAAUAUGAGCAUCUACGACAUGGCAUUCGAACCGAAGGAAUCGCAGUACAAGUGGUGCCUAAAGUUGCUCGAGACACACGGCCAGGAAGCGGUUAACAAAUUCACCGAAGGUCUUGGACAAGUGUUAAAUAUGUUAAACCAGCAACAACAGCAGCAACAACAUGUCCAACAGAUGAACGCGCGUGGGCCGCAAAUGCAGCCCCCACCGCCGCCGCCACAUCUGAACGUCAAUCAGUUGCUGCCACGCGACCUUAUGCAGCAAUAUAUGCUUCCCGCUUUGAUGGGCGGCGGCAACAGCGGCGUGGGACCACAGCCCCCAAUGCAGCAGCAGCAACAACAACAGCAGCAGCAGCGCAACAGCUUGAUUGGCGGUGGUAUGCAUCACUCAUACCCAAUGAACCCACUAGCAGCCGCUGCUCUGGGUAAUCAACAAGGACCACCGCAGCCGCCACCGCCACCCUCUUUGCUGCCGCCGCCAACAGACGAUACAGCGCAAUUGGAUGGCAUCAAUUUUAAUCAGCAAAUCGAUUUGGCCUUCAACACGCUGUUGAAUGGUAACAACGCACAGCCAAUAUUACGCAACCUCUUCAGCAACACGGGUAGUCGAGGUGGCAACAACAACAGUCUAAUGAAUGGUGGCGACUUUCUGCUGGCGCCCAACACAUCGACAACCUCUUUGGUCAGCACUAGCACAUCGGCGUCCGGUGGAUUGGGUAAUCAUGAGCCACCACCACCGCAGCAGCAAAUGAAACUGUUUUCAAGCUUCGGUGGCGGCAGCGCAGGUGAUUUGGGUGGUGGAAAUAUUUUGGUUUCGGCUUUGCAGCAACCGCUGUUGAACAAUAUGCAGAAGGGACCGAUGUUUGCGCCUAUGCAACAUCAGCAGCAACAACAACAACAGCACAUGCAUGGGCAACAGCCACCACAGCAGCAGCAGCCGCCAGUUGGUGGUAGUUUCUUGGGAGGAAAUUCCUUGUUGAAUAGCAAAGACUAUUUGCUGGGUGGCGGCGAUGACAGUAUGCUGAGCGGUGGCUCAAGUGUGCCCUUAUAUCGGCGUCAAGCAAUGGGCAACGGUAGUCUGAGCAAUAAUUUAAGCAACAGCAUCAAUGCAAGCGGCAAUAGCGGUAGUGCUAGCGCCAACAGCCAAAGCCACAGCCACGGCCACAGUAGCAGUCACAACAGCUACAAUAACAUAGGCGGCCAUACCGGGACAAGCGGCGGCGGCAGCGGCAAUGCUGGCGGGCAUCUUUUGCCACCGCCUGACAACAUACUUACCGGUGGCACCACUGACAUUCUAGCCGGUCUGAACACGAGUGCAAGUAAUCUGAUCGAAGCGCUGUUCCAAACGAAUUCAACAACCAGUUCAGCGCCCAGUUCGGUGCCGAAUAACACAAUUACAACGACCACUGGAUUAGAGCAACAGCAACAGCAGCCUCCACCACAGCAGCAGCAGCAACAACAGCAACAGCAAACGAGUGGCGGCAGCAACAGUAGCUCAUUUCAAAAGAUGUUCAACAAUUAUGACAUUUAUGGCUCGUCCGCAGCGACAGCGAAGAAAUAUGAAUUGGACUUAUUUAUGCGCGACCAUCAGUUGGGUGGUGGCGGUGGUGGUGGUGCUGGAGGCGGAGGUAUUGGUGCCAGUGGCAAUAUUAGUGGCAGCAAUAGUGGCGCUGGCGAUGCACCGCUUGUUAAUAAUCAUCAGGUGCAUUAUCACAACAACAAUGCCGAUAAUCGCAACAGUACCACAUAUGCAGCAGUGCUUAGCCAAGGUCAACAUCACCAGCAGCAACAGCAACAACAACAGCAGCAUCAUCAGCAGCAGCAACAGCAACACCAUCAGCAACAACAGCAUCAUGCAGUACAGCAGCAACAACAACAACAACACCAUAACAAUUUCCAUCAUCAUCAUCCACCGCACCAUGCCGAGCCGCCGACUAGCGGAGUGUCAUCAACACCAACUAGUGGUGGCGCUGGUGGUAAUGCCGGUAGUGUUGGGGGCGCUGGCACUGGUGGUGGUGGUAGCAUUGAAGUGGAAAAGGACCUCUUUGCGGCCAUACGUGAACUAGGUCAAGGCACGAAUGGAUUCUACAAUUAUUUUCAAUAAGUUGAUUUGCCUUGCCGCUGCUUAAUCAUGGCCACGCUUUUCUUCCUUCUUGCUUUUUCAAAUAAUGGCGGUAGUGAAAUUUUUUCGUUGUUGUGUUUGAGUGAAGCAUUGGUUUGUUUAUGAGUCGUAGGCGAUAUUCGUUGCACAGCACCAUGGGCGUAAUGCUGUAAUAGUGCAUGAGGAUGCGACGCGUGUACUAGUGCAAAUGUUUUUGGGCAGUCAGUGCGGUGCGCAGGUGAAAAUAUGUAAAUGAAUAUUGUAGACUAUGCUGGUAGAGUGGUGACCACAAUAACGAUAAGAAGUGCACCUAAAUGUAAUGCUGGAGGUGGGUUAUUUCUAAAUCGCGAACUGCAAAAAAGCGAUGGCAUUUAAAAACUAACUUGUUUCGGUCGGACUUUACAUUCAAAUUUCAUCACUCAAAAACUGCCUGAAAAGCGCUAAAAAUAUAUUACAUUUUUUGUAUCGAAAUUGAACGGAACUAAAAAGUUACUUUCUAAAAUUUCAAUUUCGCUUUAUCAUUUCGCAAAUAAUUUAAGAGCAUCACAAUUCAAUUUUCCAGUAAAUAUUUAUUAAGAAGAGAACUUAAAUUUUGUAAAUUGAAUGUAAUGUGUGUUUCGAAAAUAAUUUGCGGUUUGGUGCGUAGAUUUGCGAAUAUUUGCUUAUGCAGGUUUAUUUAAAAAUUGAUUUUCGAAUUUUUUUCGCUGCUACAAAACAAAACUAUAUAAAUUUAGAAAGAAAAA